GACACACUAACGUUGUAGUAAACACUAACAAAUCUACUAUAAUAGAAGAGGUCUGCAAUGGAGAAUUGAGUAAACUGUGUUGUCGAUUCAACAUAACAGUCGAUAUUAAUGAAACAAUCCAGGGACAACAUGCUUACGUCUACCAAAUGGUGGUUUUUAGUGGAAUCAGGUCAUAUAAUGGUGGUACUGUUGAAGUAGGACUGGAAUUGUGUGGUGUGAUAGCAUGUUUGAAUGAUUCUCUUUCAUCAUGUGGCCAAAGGUAUUCAAACUACGAAGAUAUUGUUUGGCCUAUCACAUUCAAGAGUAUUAGUAUUUCUGCCACUUUUCCAGAUGAUUUGAAUAGAAUCCAGUACCCAAAUUCCCUAUUAUCAUCAUUGAGGCCCAUUCUACCCCGACACACGAUAUGGAAAAAAGAAAAAAUUGGAGGCCGUGUAGUGAGAACCCAUAUUCUGAAUGAGCCCCAAAAUAGGAUGCUUACUUUCGGUAUUUUUGGAAGGGAUUUCAAUAGAGAUUCUACAGUAUCUCCUAAUAAAUCAGCCGAAUUGCAGGCAUUGAGCUUUCCUUUGGUUCUGAGUAUUUGUCUAAUCUUAUAUUUGACUAUGUUUUAACCAUACAGACUUGACCUGUGAGCAAUAAAUAGAUGAGACUUG